AGAACGUUGGAACGUUAUGAGUGGUGGCCCUACUGUUCACACGAAAAGGUCUAAAUAUUCUUCUCCCUGUGAUUUAUGUUCUAGUCGUCGUAUCCGAUGUUCAGAACAAAGGCCGUGCCUAGGAUGUAUUAAACGUGGGGUGGAAUGUACUAACAAUAGAAUUAAAAAGAAGACUGGUCCAAAGGGCAGUCGAAAUAAGCAGAACAUUACCAACAAGUUCCCUUUAAACGGCAAUGGUCUUCAUAUUCAGAUGAUGCUGCUGGUACUGCUGCUGAUUCAGCUGCCACGACAAGAACUGUCUCAGCUGCUGGUACUGCCACCACAAAUCAAUCAACACACACUGCCACCACACCUUGGGUUUAAUCCUGGCGGUGAACCAUUCAUAUUCAAGUAUCCUAUCUCCACUAUAUUGAAGUAUCUUGAUAUCUACCAAAAGAUGUUUUAUGGUAUUUGGCCAGUUUUAAAUAUAAAUAGGCUAAUAUCACAGUUGAUAUCGAUCAAUUUCCAUGAAGACAUGACUCGUGAAGCAUCGAUUAUUUACACGCAAGUGUUAGCCAUUUGUGGGGCAAUUUCAAUGCAAGUUACAUUUCUUACUGAAAAGGCAAAGUUAAUUCAAGGACAAGGUAUAGAUGCCGAAUCGUGUAUAAAAGAAUGUAUCGCAAUUCGUGAGAAGUUUAACCAUAAGUUAGAUCUUGAUGAUGAUAUCUUGACAACAUCAUUAUUUCUUUAUGAAUAUUAUAUAAACACUUCUGGUGGAACAAAAGCAGCCAUGCUUUAUUUACGCGAGGCAAUAUCUAUGGCUCAAAUAAUGGGAUUGCAUGAUACAGCAACAUAUAACAACAAAACUGCAGGGGAAAUUCACAGACUAAGAAAGUUGUAUUAUAUGUUGAUGAUUACCGAGAGGUAUAUGUCUAUUGAAGAUGGAUUGCCAGUUAUAUUGGAUGCCUGCAUUCCAUUUCCACUGUUGGAAGAUGAAGAAUAUCCUGAUUUACUUACUGGGUUUACCGAAUUACUUAAGUUAUUUUCCGUACCUGACAAAUCAUUCUUCGAUAAGAUGGUUCAAAUAAGGAAAAUGUCAAGUAAUAUGGAAUUUCUUUCUAACUUCUUCCAUGAGUCUUCAACACCACCUUCUCAACGUUGGUUAGUUGAUGUGGAUAAACGCCUUGACAAUAUCAAGGUUUUGAAUUUUAUUUCUGAUAUUCAGAAAGUUAAUAUAUUGUUGUCUAAACAUUGGAUGAAAUCCUUGAAUUGGCAUAUUGCUUAUAAAAAUGGAUUAUUGGAUAAGGAUAGUACUGAAGAAAAUAGCUUAAGUUUAACAUAUCCGAAAACUAUCGCACAUGAAUUUUUGAAAUCAGUGACUAACUUACCAAUUUUUGCAUUUGAAUCCAACGGACCAGGCGUGGUUGUUAAGUUGUUAGAAAUUGCUCAAGGCUUAGCCGAUUCCAUUAAUGACAUGGCGUUAGUACGAGAAAAUUACAAUUCAAUUCCAAUUCAUGAUACAUUACAUUCAAUUUUCACUUUGAUUGCCAAAUUCAAAACUGAAGUAACUUUACCAACAGAGUUAUAUAGAAGAAUUGAAACAAUGGUUAAUAGUUAUUCAGUACCAAGACCAAUUGGAUAUCUCGAAGAACUUUCAUCCGAGUCUGAUCAAUCAGAAGACAAUCAAUAUUCACGAUUCAGGGAAAACUUGGAUGACGACUUUAUUACAAAGUUGAAUGAUUCUGUAUUUAAUAACUCCCAGGAUCCAUUCCCAUUUGAAGAAUUGGAAAAUACAAAUGAUCCAAAGGAGAUUUAUAAUAGGAUUACCAGCAGACUAACUCCGCAGCAGAUGGAAACUUUUGAGUAUUUAUUAGCAUCAACUGUCAAUUCAACACCAAGAAUGCCCUCACCUUUAUCAACUCAACUAGGACUCAACAAACAAUUUAAUGUGUAAGCUUUUAAUAAUAUGUAUAAUUUGUAUAAUUUAUGAAUAAAAUGGGCACUUUUGUAGUGCAUUUGAAUAGACGCUC